CACGUUUGAUUCGUCGUUGCUGUUGGUUGUUUCUCCCUAACCCUUUUGCCGUGGGAGGGGGAGACGAGUGAGCUUCGAGUCGUCUCACGUUGGGGAGGAUUCGAUUGCCUUGUCGAUGGCGGAGGCAGAAACGGCGAGGCUGGAGUGCCAUCCGGCCAAGCGAGUGAAGACGGAGGCCAAGCUUCUGCUUGGCCGCUACGAGCUUGGUAAGCUUCUUGGCGCCGGAACCUUCGCGAAGGUGUACGUCGCCCGUAACGUGAAGACGGAAGAGGAUGUGGCUAUCAAGGUCCUGGACAAGGAGAAGAUAGUGAAGUUGGGGCUUGUCGCGCUAAUCAAGCGCGAGAUCGCCAUCCUCCGCCGCGUACGCCACCCUUACAUCGUGCAGCUGUUAGAGGUCAUGGCCACUAGGUCAAAGAUUUAUUUUGUGAUGGAGUACGUACGCGGCGGCGAGCUCUUCGCCCGCGUCGCCAAGGGACGGCUCAAGGAAGACACCGCCCGCCGCUACUUCCAGCAGCUGAUUUCUGCGGUGGCGUUCUGCCACGCCCGCGGCGUUUUCCACCGCGAUCUCAAGCCGGAGAACCUGCUCGUGGACGAGAACGGGGACAUGAAGGUGUCCGACUUUGGACUCUCGGCCGUGGCCGAUCAGAGCCGUGGAGGCGACGGGCUUCUGCACACCCUCUGUGGAACACCAGCGUACGUCGCGCCGGAGGUUCUCUCGAGGAGGGGCUACGACGGUUCCAAGGUCGACAUUUGGUCCUGUGGUAUCAUCCUCUUCGUACUGAUGGCCGGCUAUCUCCCGUUCCAGGACGCCAAUAUUGUCGCAAUGUAUAGAAAGAUUUAUAAAGGAGAUUUCAGAUGCCCGCGCUGGUUCUCGCAGGAUCUCUACAGGUUUCUACGUCGCCUUCUGGACACUAAUGCCCAGACCCGGAUCACCAUCCCGGAAAUCAUGGAGGACAAGUGGUUCAAGAAAGGGUUCCGGCCGGUCCUAGACGACUACCAAUUACGCUGCCCGGAAGACCCCGAUCUACACGAUGAUAGAGUUCAGGGCGAUGUGACUUUAGAUUGGGAAACUGAAUCUGACUGCUCCGCCGUCUCCUGCCCCGCAACACUAGUGGAGGAGAAGCGGCGGAGGAAGGGGAUGCGGAGGCCGGUGAGUCUCAAUGCAUUUGAUGUCAUAUCCUUCUCUAGGGCAUUCGAUCUCUCUGGUUUGUUUGGAGAGACAGGGGAUGAGACGAGGUUCCUGUCCAAGGAGUCUGUGGCAACGAUCAUAUCGAAAUUAGAGGAGAUUGCCAAAGUGGUAAGCUUCACUGUGCGGAGAAAUGAUUCUGGAGCGAGUUUGGAAGGAACCAGGGAAGGGGAGAAGGGACCAUUGACGAUUGGAGCUGAGAUUUUUGAACUCACACCUUCAAUCGUUGUGGUUGAGGUGAAGAAGAAAGCUGGGGAUAGUGAAGCUUACGAAGAGUUCUGGAGGAAGGAACUGAAGCCUGGAUUGCAGCACCUUGUGUACGAGGCUGCUCACUCAGGGAAGAAAGCUUCAUGAUGAAGUCCUAAGAAAGAGGGAUAUUCAUUGAAGACAUUCCAUCUUGAAGCUCAUCAAGUAAGAACUGAGGCGAUAUUUUUUCAGCGUAUCACCAAUUAAUACUCCAAUUAACUUGGUACAAGCUUUACUAAGUGUAUCUACCUUCACUACCUUAUUAUCUAGCUAAUUAUUGAGUGUGAUGAAUGAUCAAGCUUCUGGAAAGUAUAGUUGUGGUCCUCUAUGUGUCCAUAUCUGUGCUUGUGCUCGUCUGUAGAUUGCCCAAUUUCUUCCUUGUUUGCUAAUUUUUACCCUUGUACAAACUAUUUUUCUUGUGUAUUUUUGUAUGUAGGUAAAAGAGUUGAUUAUGUAAAUAAUACUCAAUGAAAUGUGAAGAGUUAAUGGUAAUCUUA